AUGGUCGUCAUUGGCUUAUCUCCAUGUGAAGAAGGGGAGUCAAACGAUUUCCUGAGAGAAAUUUGGGGCGAGCGGCCGUUCAUAAGUGCUGGUGGCUACAAUCGCGAGCUCGCCUUAGAAGCUGCCGAGACGAAGGGUGACUUAAUCGCUGUCGGCAGACUCUUCAUCUCGAACCCUGACUUGCCGGUGCGAUGGCAGAAGAAUAUCCCCGCCGACAAGGGCGAUCGUUCGGCAUACUACACCUUUGAAAGCCCGCAGGGGUAUAUCGAUUACCCUUUCGCUGACGGUUCGGUUGCCCCUGAACGGUUCAAAAAGGUCCCUAACUAA